AUGAAGCAGCAAACGAUUUCAGGAAUGUGGCUCACUCCGUCGACUCUCAUUCCAACGCGAAUAUUUGUUAAUGAGAAGCACACCCUGGUCACGACGCCAGAAAAUCAUGCCGAACAUGUUGACGCUGAUGCUAUUGCAUUUUCAGUCUCGGCUGCGUCUGACAAUGAGUUUAGUCCGUUUCUGACUUGCAUGUCUGAAAAGCCAGUGCGAGGAUGUGUACUUGAUGAGCUGAAUCCAGGGAUCGUCAAAUGUCGACCAAAGAGGGCACCACCGGCUGUUCCCGCGCGGCUACCACUGGGAACGCCAACCACUAGCCGCGGCUUCACGGAGACUCUGCGGCUUACUCCGAGCGAAGAGAACUUUCAAGACUUUGAAAAGCAAGAAAUUGAAUUGAAGGGAUCAGGCUCCUCAAGAGUGCUCCAGAAUCUAUGUGACGCGCACUCCUCAAUGGAAAAAUCCCUUGCGAACCUUGCCAAAUACAGAAACACCGAAUUUUUGAAUUUGGCCAAAUUCAACAAGCUGAUGGAGUGUCAACUAUGCGGCAACUUUUCAAUCGACCAGCGCGCACUAAUGUGUGGACACUCGUUUUGCCUAGCAUGCCUCGAGUGCCGAAUGGAGAGUACCAAAGCUGUCCAACCCGAUAGCGAAAACGAAACGAGAGUAGAAUGUGCUCAGUGCGGAUUAUCGACGAAGCUGUCCCUCUCUGUCAGAGAUUUGCCAAUGGAUCCCCUUAUCGCGCUCUACUCGGCAGUUCCUUCGCAGCAUAUGAACGACAUGACGUUGGACGAGAUUGCAUUGCCAAACUGCGACAUCUGUCCAGAGAACGUCAGCUCGCGUGGAACUCACAAAUGCAUCGAAUGUUCCGACUGGCUAUGCAGCGAAUGUGCUCUCUUUCACUGCCGGACAAAACUAACCCGUGGCCACAUGGUCCUCACAAUGGAGCAAAUCAAGACAGGAAAACACGACGAAGAAAUAAGAAGUCGCGCGAAAGUAUUUUGUCAAGAGCAUCCGUCAGAAGAGACGAAACUAUUUUGCCUCGACUGUAACAAAUCGGUUUGCCAGUUCUGCAGCGGACAUCAAAGACACAAGGAAGUCUUCGUCAAAGACGCCAUGGCGGAAAAACUCGCUGAGUUUGAAACAAGCCUGGCUGAUGUUCAUCGAAAAGCGGAACUUCUCAGAGCCGAGCUGAAGCACAUGACUCGCAUUGAAGAGCAGCUAGUUCUCGAGAAAAAUAAAGCUCUGAGAGAAUCUCAAACAAUUGCUCAAGAUGCUCACAGUGCCAUCGACAGCUGGCUGGAAAGAAUCGUUGCAGAGAUAGACUCGCAGUACAAUCACGACCUCGAUGAUUGCAAGGAGAAGCGAGAGGUUUUGACAUCUCGCGAUCGUCAAUUGCGUCGCUGUGGGGACUUUAUUUCGCGCGUCGUUCAGAUCGGGACACCGAACGAAAUCAUUCAGCUUCAGCGCGCUAGAAAUGCGAUAGACAGCCUUCUUUCCAACUCAAACAUAGAUAUUCCUUCAAACUCGACAAUCUACCAUGUCAAUCAUGCAGAAAGACUGAUGGAUAUUGAUCUCGGAACAUUUGAAGUCGUUCCUCCAGAGAUUUCAAACGUCGAGGAUUUCUCUUGCGAGACACCUACUCAACUGAAAACGCAAACCGUCGAACUCAAACGGCCUGACAGCAUUCAUUCUUCAGGCAGCGAUUCUGGAAUCACAGAAGAGCCACCCCGACUGCCCCCGAAAAACCAUCCGAAGUCCGUCCAACUCGUCUCUGCAGCCAAAGCAAGACACACACGAGGAGUUCCCUUCGAGCCCACUUCCUUCUGUCUUUACGGCGAUAAAUUGGCUCUAACAUAUGAGGACUCUUUGGUUCUUGCUUCUCCUAUUGACGGCCAUAUUCUCAAACGCGUCGUGGAUGGCGGUAUCGCUAGACCAACAGCCAUUACAAGCUGCUACAAGAAAAAGGAGCUUUUUGUUUUCGACUCUUCCAAUCAAAAAAUAACAAUUAUGACUGAAAAUGGGCGAUUUUUAUCUCAACUUUCGACUGCACAUUCAAACGACACAACCCUACCUCAAUGCUCUUGCCUGAUUCAGCUGAAAGAUGAACUGCUCAUGCUCGACUCUGCGAAUAACAGUAUAAAGAUAUUCACCUCAAAAUCGAAAGGCUCUUCGUUCUCCCGCAUUCUUCAUCCGUCUGGUUUAGAUGAAAUCAGCGGAAUGACCUUGUCCCCCGACAAUAAUCUGUAUAUAUCGAAUUGCUGGACACAAAGCAUCCUCAAAGUUGACCAAAACACCUCAGAAACCGCCAUUCUUGCCGACAGAAAUUGCGGCCUCGACUUUCCGAAAAUCUUCAGAUUUUUUAACGACAGACUCAUUGUUGCUGAAGAAUUUUCAAGCACCGUGAAAAUUUUCGUCGUUGAAGAAUGCACGGAAGAUUCAAAAUGCGUCGAUGAUAUCCUCGAAGAAACCGACAAAAUAUGCUCGAAUAUGAACAAACAGAGCAAAAACACGAACCAAAACAGUAAUUUGCCGCCGCAUGAAAACAUUUUAAAAAAGGGAGACAGCAGUGCAAAGAAGAAAAAGAAAGUUACGUUUCCGGAGAAUUUCAACUCGAUCUUGAGAAGACACGAGCAUGUGAUUGAGCUGUAA